AUGGCUGGUAUGGCUAAGUUACAGUCGCGUAUGGAUGAGUAUGAUCGCCACCCGUCUUCGUCGCGACCACCUCCUUUGCCUGAUCCGGACCCCCCAUAUGAUCUCGUGGCACCCGAUCAAUUGGAUGGGCAGCAGUACUCCUACAAUCAGCCGCCGCACCUUCCCUACAACGAAUCAUACGGACAGUCGUGGUACCAUCCCUAUACCGACACUGAUCCGUCAUGUGGUAACUCGUUCAACUACGGACUUAACCCUUAUCAGCAACCAGGCAAUGCCGGACAGCCAUACCAACAGCCCCACAACCUUCAUUGGUGUCCGUCGGCGUCACCUCAACAACUACAGCUGUCUCACACCCAAAGCCCGACCUGUUGGGAUCCACCACAGGCGCGACAGCCAUACGGUUGGGAACCGCAAGCUCGUCCCCUCGAAACCUUUGAAUGGCAGCGUCCCCAGCAUCCCUGCAACCAAGAUUCUGAGCCCUUCCGGCAGCUGCAGAACUCACGCCCGAGUGCACAUCCCUGGCAACUUGAUUGCACGGUGUUUUCUCCACCGAGUAACCACCACUCAGUAGAGCCGCUGCCCGCUGCUAUCCCACAGCCACCACAACUAUGUCAGCUAUCCUUCCGGCCUCCAACAAGUCCCCACCAUUCAGCAACAACCCCGCUGUCUUCUGCUGCAGCUGUCCCUCCACCAGUCGCUAUUUCUCCCCUGUGCAGCCCCUAUGUCAAUGGAGCGGAAGAGGAAUUGUUUGAAGAUGAACCGCCCCAACCCGAUUACACCCUUACGCAACCGAUACUCGACUAUCUGUUAGCGGCCCCCGCUAUAUUUGAGACACAGUUGGAAACCAUGGACCGCCGCCUCGACAACCUCCAACCACUGGCGCAAUCCAAGCCUGAUCCCCCGUACUGCCUUCGGGAUUAUGGCUUGCCAGAAUUAGGUCCUCUUCAAACAGCGACGGCCAAUACCUUUGGGACCACAACCCUAUUCAGAGUAUUCCGUUGA